AUGCCGCUGGAUACCUCGACGACAUAUCCCCUGACGCGGCUGCGUCUUGACGGCCGCCGCUGGAAUGAACUCCGCCUGCUCCAAGCCCAGAUCUCAACCAACCCCGCUAGCUCCGGCUCUUCAUAUCUGUCCAUGGGCAACACAUCAAUCAUGUGCUCCGUCCACGGCCCUGCCGAGGGUCGCCGAGGAGAUGGCGGACCUGCAGGAAGUGGCCACGCAGUCGUGGAAGUAGACGUCAACGUCGCCGGGUUUGCCGGCGUAGAUCGCAAGCGGAGAGCCGGUGGAAGUGACAGACAAUCAUCGCGAAUCGCUACAACCCUCCGCUCAGCUUUCCAGUCUCACCUUCACACCUACCUCUAUCCCCACAGCACAAUCAGCAUCCAUGUCUCUGUUCUCUCUGCCGAUGGCUCAUUGCUCGCCGCGGCGAUUAACGCCUGUACGCUAGCACUCGUGGACGCCGGAAUUCCCAUGCCGGGACUACUCUGUGGCUGUACUUCUGGCAUGAGUGGCAGCGCCUCUACACCGCGUGACCCGCGACACGACGAGCUUGACCCGCUACUGGAUCUGUCGCUUCCAGAAGAACAAGAACUGCCUUCGCUCACUGUGGCGACGACGACGGCGGUACCCGUUGGCGAGAACAAUAUGGAUGAGGAUGAAGAGGCAAUGAAGACAUUAUCUCAAUUCCGUCCUAAGGUCCCCAGUGAACAGUCGAUCAUGGAUAUGCACGAUAUGCACGGGAUGACCAUGUCAACGGCCACUUCGACAACCUCGGCAGCCAUGGCCAGCAGCACCGGAAUGGACAUGGGCGGAAUGGAUCAUGGCGGAAUGCACAUGGGAAAUAGCUGCAAGAUCUCGAUGCUGUGGAACUGGAACACAGUCGACGCAUGCUUCCUCGCCAAAUCAUGGCACAUAAAGUCGCGCGGCAUGUUCGCCGGCUCGUGCAUUGGAGUCAUCUGUCUCGUAUUGAGUCUCGAGCUCCUCCGCCGUCUGGGCCGAGAAUACGACUCGUUCAUAGUGCGUCGAGCCCGUCUUCGAAGACUCUACAUGUCGGACGCUUCCACCGCGCAAUCAACCUCCAACGUCCCCCUGAGAAGCGAAGGAAAUACCAACCCGGCUGCCAACUGCUGUGGCGGUAAUGUAGAGCCAGACGCUACGUUUUCCAGUGCAGACGACAUCACUCCCGUGCCGGGUUCUCCUCAGAACGGAGAUUCGAAGAAACAGGCUUCUGUCUCUGCUGCGGCGUCGGCGAAUGUCAUCCGAGAUGGUGCUGUCCAGCGCGAGAGACAGGGGGGUAUGCUUGCGCCGUAUCGUCCGUCGCUUGUUGAACAUUCUGUGCGCUCCCUGUUGCACAUGGUGCAGUUUGCUGUUGCGUACAUCAUCAUGCUGCUUGCCAUGUACUUCAAUGGAUAUAUCAUUAUCUGUAUCUUCAUUGGUGCUUUCCUGGGUGCUUUCAUCUUCUCCUGGGAGCCGGUGGACUUGAAUAAAGAGUCAGAUGCUACCUCUGUCACUAAGUGCUGUGGUUAG